AUGAGCUCCGCGUGGCGAGUACUGCUGGUUGUUGUAGCACUCACAGCUGCUAAUGGGCAGAGUAGCGUGUCCAUAGUUUCUCGCAAGGAUUGGCAUGCCCGGCCACCAAGUGGAGAAAUGACACCAAUGUCGCUGCCCCUGGGUCGGGCUGUGAUUGCGCAUACGGCUGGGCGUGGCUGCACCGACGAUCAGAGCUGUGCCGAGCAGGUGGCCGGUAUCCAGACGUAUCAGAUGGUUCGCUUGAAAUACUCAGAUAUUAGCUAUCACUAUUUGGUUGGUGGCAACGGUCGCGUCUAUGAGGCACGCAGUCCCAGCCAGCAGGGUGCAAUAGCCGCUGGAAAUAACGCCAACAGCUUGGCAAUUGCCUUCAUUGGAAACUUUGAUUUGGAGCCACCCACAGAUGCAGCACUGGCCGCUGCCCAGUCGUUGCUGGAGCAUGCUGUCAGCCAGGGAGAGCUUGCCCAGAGUUAUCAGCUGCUGGGCCACCGACAGUUGAGCGCCACCAAAAGCCCAGGCGACGCACUGUACACAGUUAUAAGGAACUGGCCGCAAUGGAGCAGCACAGGAGAUGGGACAUAGGAACAGGCGUUUGAGACAAGUGUUUAGAUUUCGACACGUAAAGACCAUUCCUUACACAUUUAUUGUAAAUAUAAUUAUGUAUAAUUUGUUGCUUGCUUAAAUACGAAUACUAAACUUUUAAUUUUGUUGAUCUGUUUUCUCAUUUCAUUUGUUUAUUAUUAUUAUUUUUUUUGUUUUCUUUCAUCUCGAUAUACUCGCUCGCCUUACGUUUGGUUAUCGCUUUUGCAAAGCUCCCCGGGAGCACUGGGCCACAAUAGAGAUUUGAGACAUCACAUAGCAUUCACUGAACUUCCAAAAUAAAAACCUAAACUAACUUUACAGAACCUUAAAGCACAGAAGCAAAAGAACAGCUCACUUAAUGCAGAGAAGAUUAGAGGCAAAACUAGCUGGCUAGCAACAUAACCAAUAUCAAUUGCUAAUGCCAAUAUCAAUUCAAAUAUAUAGAUAUAUAUCUAUAAAUACAUG